UGCUGCAUGACGUCAUUUUCGCGGGAAAAGUGGGCGGAUUCAAGUCUUCAGUUUAAAACUUGUCAAGAUGGCGGCGGGCAGCCGGACGGACUUGCUUCCUUGUCCCAUUUGCGGGAAAACCUACAGCAUGGUUACAAUCAAUUCACACGUUGAUCGCUGUCUCAACGAGGGUGGGGAGAGUCAAGAACCCGCAGAGAUAGGCGUGAAACGUCCAGGCGAUGAGAGCGAUCCGCCAGCCAAGCGAUCAAAACAGGAAUCAGUCAGCGGCGGGGCCCCGCAGACGUCAGCUGGCACAUUUGGAAGUCCUACCGCCAAAGCCUCCGCCAAAGGAAAAGUUUUCUCAUCCCCACAGUCAAGUAAGACGCCCAUGUUCUUCCAGAAAAAGGGAACAACAACGUCAGCAGGGAACCAUGUACAGAAUGGCCCCAUGGUAGGCAACACUAGGUCCAAGCCGCCCAAAGAAGACUUCCGCCCCUUGGCCGAGCGUGUUCGCCCCACCUGCCUGGACCUGUAUGUCGGGCAGACCAAGGCGCUCGGUGCUGGCUCUAUGCUACGUCUGCUGGUGGAGGCACAUGACAUCCCCUCCAUGGUGCUGUGGGGGCCUCCAGGAUGUGGCAAGACAACGAUGGCCCAAAUCAUUGCAAAGAAUGCCAAGCAGCAUCAGAACAGCAGAUUCGUAGCGCUAUCGGCAACCAUGUCAGGAGUAGACGAGGUCCGAGAUGUCAUCAAGGUGGCGAAGAACGAGCAGACGAUGUUCAGGAGAAAAACCAUCCUGUUUAUCGAUGAGAUACACAGGUUUAACAAGAAACAACAGGACACAUUUCUGCCACAUGUGGAGAGUGGAACCAUCGUUUUAAUCGGGGCCACCACAGAAAACCCCUCCUUCUCCCUGAACUCUGCCCUACUGAGCCGCUGCAGGGUCAUUGUCCUGGAAAAGCUGGGGGUAGAGGAUGUGGAGCUGAUUCUGAGGAGGGCUGCCCACGCCAUAGGUGUGUGUGUAUUGGGGGAAGGAUCUGAACAAGAAGAUGCUGACAAGGAAGCAGGGGGACCAGGGACAAAACCUGUCACUAUCCAAAAGGAGGCCAUCACCACUCUAGCCCACCUGUGUGACGGAGAUGCCAGAACUGCACUGAAUGGGCUGCAGACAGCCGUCAGGUCCCAGAUGGCCAUCCACAGUAACCAUGGUGACAAGCAGGACACCCAGCCGGUGGUGGUAACGGUGGAGCACGUGAAGGAGGGACUUCAGAGGUCACAUGUCCUGUAUGAUAGAGCAGGAGAGGAGCAUUAUAACAUCAUUUCUGCCAUGCACAAGUCCAUCCGUGGGUCUGAUGCCAAUGCUGCGCUGUACUGGUUGGCCCGUAUGCUGGCUGGAGGGGAGGACCCACUCUAUGUGGCCAGAAGGCUCAUCAGGUGUGCCAGUGAGGAUGUUGGGCUAGCAGACCCUUCUGCACUGGUACAGGCAGUGGCCACCUACCAAGCCUGCCAUUCUAUUGGCAUGCCAGAGUGUGAGGUUAUUCUAGCCCAGUGUGUGGUGUACCUCGCCAGGGCUCCCAAGUCUGUAGAAGUUUACACUGCUUACACCAAUGCCAAACAGCAUGUGGAAAGACAUCAAGGACCUUUACCAGGUGUCCCCCUGCACCUGCGGAAUGCUCCCACCUGCCUGAUGAAGGACCUGGGUUAUGGGAAGGGGUACAAGUACAACCCAGCAUACUCUGAACCAGUGGAGCAGGACUACCUGCCCAGGGAGCUCCUGGGGACUGACUUCUUCACACACCAGAAGACAGAUACAAGCUACAUGUAAAACCUGCAAGCUACAUUCAAAAUCUACAAACAACAUGUAUAACCUAGAAGUUACAUGCAGAAUAUACAAGUUACACGUAAAACCUAAAAGUUACGUUGAAAAUCUACAAGUUAUAUGUAAAAGAUAUAAGCUGAAUGUAAAAUCUGCAAGCUACAUUCAAAAUCUACAAACUACAUGUAUAACCUAAAAGUUACAUGUAGAACAUACAAGUUUCAUGUAAAACCUAAAAGUUACAUGUAGAACAUGUACAGUUACAGGUUAGAUAUGCAAAGGAACUUUCAUGUUACAUUAGUUGUGCCAUAUGUGAGGUUUACAUUGAACGUAAUCUGUAAUGUAUGACUGUAUCC